CUUAAGUACUCAUCCAAGAGUCACCCCGGUGGCGGUGAUCACCGUCAUGACAAGAUGCGAGACACCACAGAUCCUUCACCACCAAAUAAAAUGUUGCGGCGGUCUGAUAGCCCUGAAAACAAAUAUGGUGACAGCACAGGGCACAGUAAAGCAAAAAGUGUGCAUACUCACAGAGUUAGAGAGAGGGAUGGUGGGACCAGUUACUCUCCACAAGAAAAUUCACAUAACCACAGUGCUCUUCAUAGUUCAAAUUCACAUUCUUCUAAUCCCAGCAAUAAUCCAAGCAAAACUUCUGAUGCAGCUUACGAUUCUGCGGAUGAUUGGUCUGAACACAUCAGCUCUUCAGGCAAAAAAUACUACUACAACUGCCGAACAGAAGUUUCACAAUGGGAAAAACCAAAGGAGUGGCUGGGGAGAGAGCAGAGACAAAAAGAAGCAAGCAAAAUGUCAGUUAACAGUUUUCCAAAAGAUAGGGAUUACAGAAGAGAGGUGAUGCAGGCGACAGCUGCCAGUGGGUUUGCCAGUGGAAGUAUGUGGUUUUUUUACAGUAAUAUAUUCUUGACUUGUUUGCAUUACUGUUUUCUUUUCCAAACUUAAAAAAAAAAAUAAAAAUCCUUUUCCU